AUGGAUUUCACUUCAGAAUCAGAUUUAGGUUCAGAUUUGGAGUCUGACAAGCAGGUAAACACCAGCAAUAGUCAACUUAUACAGGAAGAACAGGAACAAAAACAAGAACAAGAACAAGAACAAGAGAACGAAGAUGACUUCUUAAGUAAAGAGGACACUCAGAGAUUGCACUUGCAAGAGUUAAAAGAAGAUCUAUUAUCAAAGAGAAACGAACUCAUAAAGGAAAUCGAUACAUAUAAGAAGGAAAUAUCAACAAGACAAAAGAAUUUAUUAAAUGAACAAAGUUUAUUAGACCAGAAUGCAUCCAAUCUUCUAAGGGACCUAUUGAUAGCAUCUUCAACUUUAAAUAGUAAUAGUAACUUAUCUAAUGAUGGACCUAAUGAUAUUGAUGAUAAUAGGAAAGCUAAAACUCAAUUCAUAGAUGGUGCAUCUCCUUUACAAAUUGAAUUAUUAUCGAAAUAUGAUACCUUACCGUUGUUAAAUAUGGACCUAAGAAUACGAUAUCUGGAAGAAUAUUUAUAUCCAAAUGUAAAUGUAGAGAUAGUUUCAGAAGAAUUGGAGAAUAUAGAUGUAACUAAUACCACAAUAAAAGUUUAUUGGAAAUUUACAAAAAUUGAAUUGAUUUUAAAUUUAUCUUAUGAUACUACCUUACAAAUUUUAUUGAAGUUCGAUAUCCUUUCUAUAUCUGAAAAUUACAAAUUGAAACUAAUGCCUCUAAUAGACUCUUGUAAAGAUAAUCCAACUUUACUAUUGUUCUUCACCAAUCAAUAUGAUAAACUAUUACAAAAAAGAAAUUCGAUAUUCAAAGAACUACAAGAUACUUUCCAAAGGCAAUUGAAAAGUUGUAAUAUUGUCAAUAAUCAAGAAUCAUUAGUAUUGACAAAUAUCAUGAAAGGAUCUGAUGAUCUACGAAAAACCAUCAAAUUACAAAUCGAUUUCAAUAUUCAAUUUAGUAUCGAUUCAAAAUUCACUUUGCCUACUUCUAAGAUAAAUUCAAAGCUAUGGAGCGAUCAUAACCUCAUAUUGGUAAAUGAUAAUACAAUACUCUAUGGAUUAAUAAAGGAGUAUGGUGUUUUGCAAGGACUUAAAGAAUACACAAAGACAUGUCUAUUUCCAAAAUCAUAUUCGUAG